CCCGCUGCCUCAGCCCCCCGCGGAUGUCGCUGUUGCUGCCGCCGCCGCUCAGUGCGCGCAGGGCGGGAGCGAGGAGGAGACGGGAGACCCAAGCGGCUGGGCGCCAUUGAAAAAUCCAAAACAUUGAUCUUUAAGUGACAAGAAUUAGUGAAGCCGAAAAGAGUACCAGAAAACAAUCUUCCAUUGAAUCAAAGAAUUUUAGUCCAACGGAGAAUACAGAUGGAGAUGUUCCCCACUUGUAGCCUGCUUGCCUCAUCACCAGUGCGUGGAAGAAACUGCAGUAAUGGAAUGCUCCUAGCAUGUGUCCUGUUCAAUAGUUACGGGUUAUUGUUGAGUAUUUUGCUUAUUGUAGCACUACACUAUAAACUUCGCUGCCAUCAGUUUCUCCUUGGUUUUUUGGAACAGCACAAAAUGGGAAAGAAACAGAAUGGCAAAGGUAAAAAAGUUGAAGAGGCAGAGUCUGAAGAAUUUGUUGUAGAGAAGGUCCUGGACAGACGUGUUCAAAAUGGAAAGGUGGAAUACUUCUUGAAGUGGAAAGGAUUUACAGAUGCUGACAACACAUGGGAACCUGAAGAGAACUUAGAUUGUCCAGAGCUAAUUGAAGCUUUUUUGAACUCUCAGAAAGCUGGUAAAGAAAAAACAGAUGGUGCCAAAAGAAAAUCUUUGUCAGAUAGCGAAUCUGAUGAUAGUAAAUCAAAGAAAAAACGUGAUUCUGUUGAUAAACCAAGAGGGUUUGCAAGGGGUCUUGCUCCUGAGCGGAUAAUUGGGGCUACGGAUAGCAGUGGAGAGCUUAUGUUCCUCAUGAAAUGGAAAGGCUCUGAUGAGGCAGAUCUGGUGCUGGCCAAAGACGCUAACAAGGAGUGUCCUCAGAUCGUAAUCGCUUUUUAUGAAGAACGACUAACUUGGCAUUCAUGCCCAGAAGAUGAAGCACAAUAAUUGUUUGCAUUGCUUUUUUUAUAUAUAAGAAUAUUAAAACCUGAAGUUUGAUUUAUUAGCAAUGUGAGAAGCAUACAUUCUAACAAGUUUCGAAUUUGAUAUUUUUUUGAAGUAGUAUGUUUUGCAUCAACAGCAAGUAAAUAAAAGCUUUCUGCAACUUGUUUCAUUUAUCACAAGAGAGCAUUUGAUACUACUACUUCCUCCAUAUUAGGUAAAAGCUUUUAUAAAACAUGGAUGAACUUCCAUAGUUAUUACAGGAUCAUAAUGAAUGUCUAAACAAACUCACAGAUGUUUUGUAGUCUUCUGUACUAUUGAUGUGCAUGUAUCUUCUUUACCCAAACCUAGCCCUUUAAACCCCUAGGGUCAUUCUUUUUAGUAUUUGGGAUCGCUUGGUCUUCAGAAGACUAGGUGAAAACUAACUUUGUAGUAAUUUGAAUGUUAUCAGACUUGUUAUUAUAUUGUUACUUAUAUUGUUUACUUUAUUGUAAAUACUGGUGAACAGUGGUCAAUAAAAUAGUUUUAUAUUCUUCCUUUAUACUGA